AUGUCAUCCGAGGAGCUCGCACGGAGGCUGCAGCGUGGGCUGGACGCCGAGCAGCGUGACCCCAAACCCGGCUCACAGGAGCAGACAGGAGCAGACGAGGAGCAGCCGCUGCCGGAGAGACACAGCACUGCCGUGAACGGUGACGCCAGCUCUGAACUGACGGAGAAACUCAUCCGCAGACUGGACAUCCAUGACAGCACGGCGAAACCCAAACAGAUGAAGGUUUUCAACCCAUACUCCGAGUUUAAAGAGUUCUCACGCAAACAGAUCAAAGACAUGGAGAAAAUGUUCAAGAGAUUUGACUCUGGUAAAGACAGCUUCAUUGAUCUGAUGGAACUGAAGCUGAUGAUGGAGAAACUUGGAGCUCCACAGACUCAUCUGGGCUUGAAGAACAUGAUCCAGGAGGUGGAUGAAGAUUUUGACGGCAAACUCAGUUACAGGGAGUUCCUGCUGAUCUUCCGGAGGGCCGCAGCAGGUGAGCUGCAGGAGGAGAGCGGACUGAUGGCUCUGGCUCGACUUUCAGAGAUCGAUGUCUCGACAGAAGGGGUUCUUGGAGUGAGAGACUUCUUUGAGACAAAGGUUCAGGCUCUGUCUGUGCUCAGUAAGUUUGAGGCAGAGAUACGAGAGGAAGAGAAGAAGAUGGAACUGGAAAGAAAACAACGGCGUGCUGCAUUUAAAGAGCUGCAGUCCACAUUCUGCUCCUAA